AUGCGCAGUGCCGCCGCCGGCGGCCGUGAGGCGAGGGCAGCGGGCGCCGCCGGUCCUCGCCGCGCCGUGUGGGAAGGGAUCUUUUAAUUUAUUUAUUUGUAUUUUUUUUAACCGUUUUGCGCCUCUUCGCGCUCUCCCUAAACCGGUCAAGGGCUGAGAAGGGGUUUUGGUGGGGCUGGAGCGGAGCCAGCGCUUCCCUUGUGAGUCCUGCUGCCCUGUGAAAGUCUCCUCUCCGUCUCGCCAUGGCCAUCGGUGGCAUCUGGCCGUCGCUGCUGCUGAUGGCAGGCGUCGUGGCGGCGGUGGGAUUGUGCAGGAGCCUGGUUCGCCGCCGCCUGCACGCCCACCCACACCUCUGCUCCUUCCUCCUGGAGGCUUUCAGCACCUUCCAGGUGUGUGCGUGCACGAACGAGCUCUGCCUGCUCGGCAACGUGGAGCCCAAGCCUCACACGGCACUCACACUCACCUACGGUUUCACCGUCCUGCACGGCUCGACGCUGACCGGCAGCACGUGCAAUCCCUGCGGCGUCUUGCAGCCCCUCUGGGGUGGUGGGACAUCACUCAAGGCGGGUGGGCUGAAGAUCGGGGCUCAGUUCGUGGCCGCCACGCUCGCUAGAGUUUUUAUGCACUUCGUCUGGAGGCUGGGGAUUGCAGAGGCACAUCCUGGAGCACUCUCGCAAGGCUGCAGCAACCCCAUGCAGACUACAGAGGUGCAGGCUUUCUGCAUAGAACUGCUCUUCUCGGUCGUUUUCCAGCUGACCAUCCUGCAAGUGGAAGCUGUUAAGCCCAGCUACCGAGUCCAUUUGAUCGCUCUUCUCAUCACCAUGCUCGUGUAUGCAGGGUUUGCACUCCUUGGUGUAUGCUUGGAUCACAAAGAAAAGGUGGAAAUCUCACAGGAGCAAUAUUUAACCCAGCAUUGGCUUUUUCAUUACAUCCAAAAUGUUUCUAUGACAAUUUUUUGAUUUAUUCACUAGUCUAUUGGAUAGCACCAUCCUUAGGUACAAUACUUGUGGCUUUUGUAUGGAAAUCCUUCCUCGGAUACCCUGAGACGCCAACUUCUGAAUUUUAGCAGAACUACUUC